AUGCCUCCUUAUGAAGCAUUAUAUGGGAAAAAAUGUAUAACUCCUCUUUGUUGGAGUGAAGUUGGUGAAAGAAAAUUGGUUGGUCCUGAGAUUGUGCAACAAACUGAAGAUAGAAAAGGAAAAUUUAGUUCUCGAUUUAUUGGACCAUAUGAAGUACUUGAGAGAGUUGGUCCAGUUGCAUAUAAACUAGCUCUUCCACUAGAGUUAGAUAAGAUCCACAAUGCCUUCCAUGUUUCUAUACUUAGAAGAUAUCGCUCAGAUCCAUCUCAUAUUCUUCCUGUUGAAUCCAUUGACGUCCGUCCUGACUUGACAUAUGAAGAGGAACCUAUUCAAAUCUUGGCGCGUGAGAUACAAGAGCUUAAAAACAAGAAAAUUCCAUUAGUAAAAGUCCUGCGGAGGAAUCAUUCUGGCAAAGAAGCUACCUGGGAGCGAGAAAAGGAGAUGCGAAUUCAAUAUCCACAUUUGUUUUGA